UUGCUGCAGCGAGACUUUGACUUAGAGCCAUGCUGCCUCCAAAAUUCUUGUCCACCACCAACCCUCAGAAGUCCCGGGCCCUGGGCCUGUGGGCACUAGACGGCGACGCAGGAGACGGCACCUCUGGCUCUGAGUUAUCUCGUCAGAGGUUUCGGAAUCUCCUCUACGUGGAGUUUGUCGGGCCUCGGAAGACCCUGAGCCAGCUCCGAAACCUCUGCCUCGAUUGGUUGCAGCCGGAGACGCGCUCCCACGAGGAGAUCGUGGAGCUGCUGGUCCUGGAGCAGUUCCUGACCAUCAUCCCCGAGCGAGUGAAGCCUUGGGUGCUGGCCCAGAAGCCCGAGAACUGUGAUAGGCUGGUGACCCUGCUGGAGAACUACGAGGAAGAGGAGGACGAGAUGCACCAGCCGGAAGACGACGCAGCCCACAGUGACGACGACUUGAGCCGAGUUGGCGCUGAGUCCCCACCGCCCCGCUCAGUGCACUCGUUUGGCCGUGAUCGAAGGGGCAGGAUCAGAGACAUGGGAUCCAGAGACCAGUGGCCGUAUGCUCAGACUUACCGGAACAGGUCACCGCCACGUGACCUCCCCCUCCCCUUGAUGGAGAGGGAUGAUGAUAGUGACCAAGACUCCAUGAUGGACUUUGGUUCCACCUCACAGGAGGUGGAGUCCUACCAGGACAUGGUGGACUUUGCCGAGGAGAGAAAGCCCCCAAACACGAUCCAGGACAACAUGGAGAACUACAGGAAGCUGCUUUCUCUGGGAGUUCAGCUGGCUGAAGACGAUGGACACUCUCACAUGACGCAGGGCCACUCAUCGAGGUCCAGGAGAAGCGCCUACCCAAGCACCAGUCGAGGGCUGAAAAUCAUGCCGGAAACCAGAAAGCCGAGCUACUGGCGCGGAAUAUGUGAGGACGAGUCCUCCCACGGGGUGAUCAUGGAGAAGUUCAUCAAAGAUGUCUCCCGCAACACCAGGGCGGGAAGAAUGAGGGACCACAUGGACCGGCCCCAGCGCUUCCCCGGGGUGCUCGGUGAUGACUGGAUGGAGGGCCCCUUCAGCAGGAGGGAAUCGGUAAUUCUGGAGCGGGGCCGUGAGGGGAGCGUGCUCGGGGGAGGCCUCAGCCUGAACUCCCACCUCCCGCCCAGAACGCAAGUUCUGGAAAGAAAAAGGCGCUAUCAGGUGGACGUGGACGGGAAGGGCGCGGCCCCUGAUCAGAGAGGUGGCAGGGCAAAGAAACCCUUUGCACGUAGCCAGGCGAGGGAAGCCACGUGCGUGAGCAGCCUCAUCUCGACCUCCCCGGUCGAGUGGCCGCCCUCCGGCUGGGAGGCCCUGCCCUACACGUGCGAUGCAUGCGGGUGGUCCUACAGUGUGAUUUCCGAGUUUAUUGAGCACCAGAUCAAGCAUACGAGGGAGAGUCUCCAUGACUACGGCGAAUCCUUCAUCCAUAGCGUGGCCCUUAGCGAGGCCAGGAAAAAGCUGGCCAAGGCGCAGCGCUCCGAGCGUAGCGCCUCCGGGGAUGCGCUUGGGGAGUGCCAGGAAGCCCCGGGGAGAGAGGACCUCACGGAGUGUCAGGAGCAGGAGGAUGAGGACGCCAUCCUGCCCAGCCCGACCCUUAAUGAGCUCCAGAGAAUGUACGGCAAGGAGAAAUUCUAUCAAUGUAGCCUGUGUCAGGAGACCUUCCUCCAUAGCUCAGCCCUAGCUGGCCACCAGAAAACCCACCGUAGCGGGGACUCAGACUCUGACUGUGACCAUGAGUGCGGAGGCAAGGCCCCCGAGCCCAGCCCGGCCCCUACUGAGCCCCGUACAGCGUGCGGGAAGGAGAGCGCCGGGGAAAGGAAGGCGCGUGCGGAGACCCUUCCGCGUAGCCCCGCCCCGAAAGAGCACCCGGAGGCCCACGCUAGAAGCCUCUCUGAAAACCAGGGUACAGUGUGGGAGGAGACCUUUAUUCCUGGCCAGGCCCUUAGAAGGCAGCAGGAAGCUCCUGCUACCGAGAAGCUCCGUGAAUCGAAAGAUGGCAGGGAUGCCUUUGUCCAAAGCUCAGACCUCAGCGAGCACCCGACACGCCACUCUCAAAAGAACCUCCGUGAAGGCAGGGGGUACCAGAAGUCAGUCAUUUGUAGCGUGCCCUGCCCCGGGUCCCAGAAAAGUCACACCAUAACAAGACCGCCGGGCCUUGAGCCGGAGCAGGAGGAGAGAGCGUGUACCGUUAGCGCCAACCCCGAGGAGCAGCAGAGACCCCCGGCUCACGAGCGUGUCUGUGAGGGGAGGCGGUGCGAGCGGUCCGUUAUUCACCGAUUGGUCUUUGCUGACCCCCAGAAAAGCCACAGCGCCGUGGAGCUCCGAAAGCCGAGGUCGCGGGCCGAGUGCACCAUCGUGCAGAGCACCGACGCCAUGGAAUGCGAGAGAGCUGGGGCCGCGGAGAGCGCUGCCUACGGAGGGAACGUGUGCGCCGUCAUCCGGAGCACGGCCACGGCCACGGCCACGGCCACAGCCUCGGCCUCGGCCUCGGCCCCGGCCAGGCCCCCACGACACCGACAUCGCACGGGGGCUGAACCGCUCGCCAAGGGCCAGGAGCGGCGCGAGCCCUCCGCCUGCAUCUCAGCUUUCAGCCUGCUGCCGAAGAUGGACCUCAGAGAGAAUCCUUUUGAGGUCCUGGAGAACCCCUUCGAUGAGGCCGACUACCUGAAGUACACGGUCAUCCACAGCGCGCCCCGCAGCGAUGGCGGUGCGACCAAGGAGGCGGGGCCCGGCGAGUCCAGGGAGGAGGGCGAGCCCCCCGCCCCCAGCGCCCAGGUCCCGGAGCAGCAUCAGAAGGCCCGCUCGAAGAAGAAGUACAUCGAGCCCACCGACCACGACGCCCCCGCGACCCACUCCCCGUUCGGCAUUCCGCAGAGCAGCCAGUGGCGCGCCAGGCCGUACACGUGCCAGCAGUGCGGGGAGUCCUUUGCCCGCAGCGCCGACCUCCGGGAGCACCUGAAGGUCCACGACCAGGAAGGGCCCUCGGGCAGCCAGACCUACGAGAGGUCCGUCAUCCGCAGCCUGGCGUUCGUCGACCCCGAGGCCUUCUCGGCCGAACAGCGCCGGCGCCACCAGUGCAGAGAGUGUGGGAAGUGCUUCAUCACCCGCGAGACCCUCAACUGCCACCAGAAAGUCUACUGCCGGGAGCGGCAGCACGGGGCCUCGGCCUUCCAGCGCUCCGUCAUCCAGGGCCUGGGCUUCAGCCGGCGCCAGGGCCAGAGCGUGGCCGAGUGCACCAUCUAUGAGUGCAAGAACUGUGGCACUGGCUUCACCGACCUGGACGACCUCCGCGACCACGAGGAAGUCCACGAGCAGGCGUGCCUCCUGGAGAACCGCCUGUGCGGGCCCUCGGGCGUGCAGACCCCCUGCUCCUUCGGCGAUGCUCAGCGCAGCAGCGAUGGCGACCAGCUCUUCGAGUGCCCGCAGUGCGGCGAGUCGUUCAUCAGCAACAGCUUCCUCUGCGAGCACCAGAAGCUGCACGAGAGAGAGCCCUUCUACGCCUGCAGGCAGUACAGCGAGGGCUCCCUGCGGCGCUUCCGCAUGCACACACAGAAGAGGCGGCGGUCCGCCAAGAGCCGGCCCUCGGGGUCCAGGAACCUCCGCUGCCAGGUGUGCGGGCAGGACUUCAUCCACAUCUCCGUCCUGGAGGAGCACAUGCGGAUCCACACUGGCGAGGACCAGCCGGAGCAGGCCAAGAGCGGCGAGGACACCGUCGUCCAGGGCCUGGCCCUCACCGAGUUCCAGAGGGACCAAACCGAAGAGAGGCCCCACGAGUGCAAGACCUGCGGCGAGACCUUCCUCAGCCAGUCCGACCUGAGGGAUCACAUGAGGGUGCACGAGAAGGGGGAGCCCUUCGACUACGGAGCCACAUUCCUCCAUACCUCCUUUUUCGACCUCCCCCCCGGAGACGGGCCCUUCUACGAAUGCAAGGAGUGCGGCAAAUCCUUCAUUCACAACACCAUCCUGGUCAAACACCAGCAGCUCCAUGUGGAGGAGGCAGAAGCGGCCCAGGAGGUGGAGGCCAAUUUCGUCGUCCCCCAAGAAGUACUGCGGAUUCAGGGGUCCAACGUGGAGGCCGCCGAGCCCGACUUGGAGGCCGCCGAGCCCAGUGGGGAAGCCGAGCAGCCCACUGGGGAGGCCGCCGAGCCCAGCGGCGAGGCCGAGCAGCCCGGCGGGGAGGCCGAGCAGCCCAGCGGGGAGGCCGCUGCUGCCGCUGCCGAGGAGCCCCAUGGUGCUGGCAUCGAAGACCCAGGAGAAAGAGCCGAGGAGGAGCCCGAGGGUGAAGCCGAGGAGCCCGAGGGUGCAGGAAUCGAAGACCCCGAGGAGGAGGAGGAGGAAGAGGAGGAGGACGACAACGAUGAUGACGAAGAUCAGGAGAUCCAGGUGGAAGAACCGUACUACGACUGCCAGGAAUGCGCCGAAACCUUCCCUUCAAACUCGGCCUACCGGGAGCACCUGAAGACACAUGCCCGGAUGAUCCUGCACGAGCCGGGAAGGGGCUACGGAGAGAGCUCGCGCUACACUGGGCAGGCCAGCACCAGCGCCGGCGCCAACGACUGGGACGACGAGAAAUACUUCAGAUGUGAUGUCUGCGGGCAGUUCUUCACCGACCGCCUGUCUCUUGCCAGGCACCAGAACUCCCACACUGGCUGAGCACAUCCGAGUGUGAAAGUUGGAAAACCUUACGGUAGGACUUGACCUUUCUGACACAGUGGAGAAUUCAAACCAACCCUGGACAAUCCCAGUUAGCGAGCUGGCUUUGAUGUGUGCUUGCCUUCGCAGACAUCAGUAACCCCCUCGUGAAAAUGAAGCUCGUGGAGACCCCUCCCCAACAGACCUCACUGUGUGCUUCUGGGACAGCGGUCCCGCACAUCCGACCUCUCCCCUCCGUCAACAGAUUUUGAGGAGGGGCACCCUCCUGUCUAUCCAAGUCUCUAGAAAGUGCCCCCAGCAGCUGUCAGUGACCCCCCUGUGACCGCGAUCCCUCUCUGGACAGCCAAUCAGCACAACAAUCAUUUCAUGCAUUUGGAUCAAAUGCCACACACCUCACAGCUUGGGGGAUGGAGUCACCUGACCCCAGGCAUCCUGGACUCGGGACCGGGGGCCAGGGUCAAGAACAGCAACAAAUGAGAAUGUGUUUGUAAGCUGCUCAGAUCCCGAGAAGAUGGCUUGUGGAGCAUCUGACCCCUUCAGUAGAUGCCUGGUUCUUGCCGUCCCUCCUCAGGUGGAGGCCUGAACAGGACACUGGGGAGGGGCGCGGUCACCCUUGGCUGUUCGGUGAAAAGAAGCACUUGGUAGCUCCCUCUGGCCACCACUUACCCCCGCUAUCCUGACCCCGGUGCUCCAGCAGCGGACACUGCAUGAGCCUUGACCACCCACAGAUUGGCCUUUCGACCACCAAAACCUGGUACCUCAUGGUAGCACUCAUACAAAAAAAAUUCUCAAACAAACAAAAACAAAAAGCACUCACUACGAGUGCAGUCCCCUAAGUCACAAACUCAGAAGCUCCCCAUCCCGCCCCCUCCCCAAAUCUGUACAUCUUUGCCUUUAAGUAGUGGGUUGUCGCCCUUGCUAGCACACAGCAGCCAUGGCUAGUGAAGGCGAGAAUCCCGGAGCGGAAGCUCCCUGAUGUAAAUAGGGUUGCCGAUGAGCGACUCCUCACCUCCCCUGUGCGCUUCUUGCCUUAAGUGAAAAGUGACAAGGUGGCUCCGGUCACCUGCGCAUUGUGAGCCUGUGUGUGCCGCCACCCUGGGUCCCCAGGGCCUAGCACCCUUAGAGCUUUCUAUCGCAAACUUAACUCUCUUUCCUCCUCUUUCGCCAGACCCCCUGUCUUUCUUAAUUAAAAAACAAAAUAAAACAAAAAAACCCACAAAAAACACAAAAAUCCCACACAAAAAAAGCUUUCUUUAUAUUCAGCCCAAGCUUAACAUGGACUCAGGUUCCCCAGCAGCCUUAAUUUGUUGUGUUGGCUAUCUGUCCCUUCCCCUCGGGGCCCUCCCUGCGUAUUUCUCAGCUGGCCACUAGGGCGUUGUGUUUGUUUAGCCGUCUCUGUGUCCCACUUUGCCCCCCAUCUGCCUUGUGGUACGCGGCUCGCUCGAGAUGUCCCGCGUGUUGUCUGUGGACUACCCGCCCUCCUUUGUGUCGCCCCCUCUCCUCAACCACAUCAUGGCCAGACGAAGAAAUUCCUAGGCCUUGAGUUGGCUGAGAGGGAUUGGGGGGAUAAAAAAAAUUAAAAUUUUUAAAAGUUCAAAAAAAACCACAAAACAAAAAUUAAAAAAACAACCAGCCUUGUUAAGAUCUGUAGGAGAAGUGAGCAAAAAAGUGGAGCCGAUUAUUUGGACGGAAGUGAAGAGCACCCUCUUCCUGGGCGUGAAGACGAGGGCCCGUGGGGGCGGGGAGGCUUGACACUGCAGGGAGUGCC